AUGGAGAGUCUCUCUGCAACCCCAUACUGCACAAAGCUGCACUCAACCCUCCAGAGUGUAAAUCAAUCUGGCAGCUUCUGUAUCUCAAACACGCUGAAGUCCUUCAGCCUUCCAGGGCUGGAGGUGUCUGCACUCGGCCCGAUAAGCAUGCCGCUUAAUCCCUACCAAGCGCAGCAGCUUGCACAAGCGUGCUUCCCCGCACCUUUUGGCCGCAGGGACGCAACCAUCUAUGACGACAGUGUCCGCAAAUGCCGGCAGCUUUCCCCCCACGAAUUCAGACUAGCGGGACUGGAUUGGGAUUCCCAAGUGCGUCAGCUGGCAAAUGAAAGGGUCAAGCGGGACCUUGGCCUCCCAGAGACUCUCACAGUGAUUCCAAAACUCUACAAGUGCCUCUUAUAUGAGGCUGGCGACUUUUUUACGAGUCAUCGUGACACCGAGAGAGAGGAAGGCAUGUUUGCGACCCUGGUCAUCGCGCUGCCCUCCGCACACUCUGGAGGAGAGCUUGUGGUUCGCCACGCCGGCCAGGAGAUUGUCGUCGACUUCGGCAGCAGAGACCUGUACCAGCUGCACUACGCCGCCUUCUUCGCAGACUGUCAGCACGAGCUGCGGCCAGUCCGCUCGGGUUACCGCCUGGCGCUUGUCUACAACCUCAUCGCUCAGGGAUCCACGCGCGUCCCGCAGCCUGCCAACAACACGGAAGCGGCUGGAGAGAUCGUGAAGGCCACCAAAGCUUGGAGCCAAGAAGAGAGAGGCCCUCAGAAGCUGGUCAUCCCUUUGGCACACCAGUACUCGAGCAAGAGCCUGACCUUCGACAGCCUCCGGGGAACGGACAUGGCCACCAUUGACGUCAUCUUGCAGGCAGCCAAGGCCCCGGGUGCACCUCCCUUUCAUUGUUACUUGGGAACAUUGGAAAAGUACGAGGACGGUUGGAAAGAAUCGUACCGGAGGGGCGACGUCACGAGUACGUACACGAAGUUGCGCGACCUGGUGGCUGCUGACGAGGCGGGGCACACGUAUGACACGCUCACGUUCAGUCGGAGUGGUGAGGAUCGUUCACUCGGGUCUCGUCAAUCGGGGCUGAACAGCUUGUGA